AUGAAGUACGUUUUGGUUUCUGGAGGUGUCAUCUCCGGUGUUGGGAAGGGCAUUAUUGCCAGCAGCUGCGGUUUGCUGCUGAAAACUGCAGGCCUGGCCGUCUCCAGCAUCAAAAUCGACCCGUAUCUUUCGGUUGACGCCGGUCUUAUGAACCCUCUUGAGCAUGGCGAAUGUUUCGUCUUAGAUGAUGGCGGUGAAGCCGACCUCGAUCUUGGAAACUACGAACGUUACCUCGGUGUCACACUCGGGAAAGAUAACAAUAUCACUACGGGCAAGAUCUAUCAGCAUGUUAUCAACAAGGAACGUCGCGGAGACUAUCUUGGAAAGACGGUCCAGAUUGUGCCACAUCUGACCAACGAAAUCCAAAGCUGGGUCGAGCGGGUUGCCAAGGUUCCUGUCGAUGAGUCUGGAAGACAGCCGGAUGUUUGUAUCAUUGAAGUGAGUCUUGGUGGAACAGUCGGAGAUAUUGAGAGCGCUCCUUUCAUUGAAGCCAUGAGCCAGCUUCAGAGGCGGGCGGGAAAGAACAACUUCCUGCAAAUUCAUGUCAGCUAUGUUCCGUUAAUCGGUUCUGAGCAAAAGACCAAACCCACCCAAAGAGCUAUCAGCGAUGUCCGCAGCGCCGGUUUGAGACCGGACCUGAUUGCGUGCCGCUGCGAGGCCCCUCUCGAAAUGGCCACCAUCCAGAAAAUCGCUCAUGCCUGCCAGGUGGAACAGGGACAGGUCGUGGGUGUUCACAACGUCCCAAGCACAUACCAGGUUCCUAUCCUUCUUGAAAGUCAGGGUUUCCUCAACACCGUGAAGGAACUGCUCCAGAUUGAUGCCCCGUCCAUGCAGAAAGAUCCCAAGCUUGUUGAGCAAGGCAAGACAAUCUGGCAGCAAUGGCAAGGUCUGGCUACCAGCCAAAAUCACAUUCUCGACACGGUUACGAUUGCCCUGGUCGGCAAGUACAUCAGUCUCCGCGAUUCGUAUAUGAGCGUGAACAAGGCUUUGGAACAUGCGGCAAUGCAUUGCCAAAAGAAGCUGAACCUGAUCUGGGUGGACUCAUCUCACCUGGAGGACGAACACAAGGAAGCGAACCCUGCUGAAUACUACAAGGCCUGGCACUCGGUCUCCACAGCGAACGGAAUUUUGGUCCCGGGUGGUUUCGGAGAGCGUGGUACGGAGGGUAUGAUCAAAGCGGCCCAGUGGGCUCGUGUCAACAACAUCCCUUACCUUGGUGUUUGCCUCGGCAUGCAAGUUUCCGUGAUUGAGUUUGCUCGGAACGUAUGCGGCAUGAGCAAGGCUGGCAGUGCCGAAUUCCACGAACAGUGCGAGCAGCCUGUGAUUGUCUACAUGCCUGAGAUCGACAAAACAAAGAUGGGCGGCACGAUGCGACUAGGAAAACGCGCCACCCAAUUCCAGCCCGGCACUGAAUGGUCUCGCCUGCGGAAGCUGUACGGCGACAAGCAGCAGAUCUGGGAAAGACACCGUCACCGCUACGAAGUCAACCCAGACCUGGUGGAGGACCUUGAAAAAGGUGGCCUGUCGUUCGUUGGCAAGGAUGAAACCGGCAAGCGAAUGGAGAUCGUCGAGCUCAAGGACCACAAGUGGUACGUCGGCGUACAGUUCCACCCGGAGUAUCUGAGCCGUGUCCUGGCGCCGAGCAAGACCUUCCUUGGUUUCUUUGCCGCUGCCGCAGACUGCCUUGAAGAGAUCACCGAGGUCUUCAAGGACCGUCACGAUCUCAGCCAUCGGGAGCUCAAUCUGGCCACCAACUCGGUCUAG